AUGGAUGCAGAGUACAAUAUGAUCAAGCAAAAUGACACUUCGAUACUUGUGGAGACACCUAUUGAUCACAAUGUAAUAGGUGUUAAAUGGAUCUUUAGAACCAAGUUAAAUCCUGAUGGUUCCAUCAACAAGUAUAAAACCAGGUUAGUAGUCAAAGGGUAUGCACAGGUAUAUGGGGCGGAUUACUUGGAGACUUUUGCUUUAGUUGCAAGACAUGACACCAUAAGAAUGCUUGUAGGUUUGCCUGCAAAAAAAGGUCCUAAUAGUGAGGUUUUACUGGAAUUUAAAACUCAGAUGAUGAGUGUUUUCGAAAUGAUAAAUUUGAGGCUAAUGACUUACUUUCUAAGUAUGGAGGUUGUGUAG